AUGGAGGGUUUUGACAAAGAUAAGCGAUUUAACACACAAUUGGCGGGGAGAAACUCUGCUCCCGAGCCCGCUGGGCAAGACGGGCCUCGAGUCAGGACGCACCAACAGACGGAGACGGCAUUAGAGGCGUGCAGACUCGGAGGAUGGGUUGUGCAAAGCGUAGGACAGGAUGGCGAAGACGAGCCUCGACCACGAGGAUGGGUUGCCGAGUCGUCUGGAUCGGUCUGUCGGGCAGAUGCGUAUGUCCGCGACUCGGGCCGUGUCUCGAGGCGGCAGGACAGAGGUACAGGAUAG